GACACAGUUCCACUGACAUAACUGAAAUUCAAUGAAUAACCGGCGAUUCAUUCGUCAGCCUGAUGUAUCUCUUCCGUAUAUCUGCCGUAACGAUAUCCCGUAUUGUGUCUGAAGUGUGCAAAGCCAUUUACGAGGCACUCAAGGAGGAAUUCCUGAAGUUUCCUUCCGACUCCGAUGAUUGGUUACAACUUGCUUCCGAAUUCUUUGAAAGGUGGAACUUCCCCCAAUGCAUCGGUGCCAUAGACGGAAAGCAUAUUACCAUGCAAGCUCCAGCAGCGUCUGGGAGUUUUUAUUUUAAUUACAAAGGCUUCCACAGUAUUGUGCUGAUGGCAUUGGUUGAUGCGAAAUACCGCUUUACGUUUGUCGACGUCGGAUGUAAUGGAAGGGUUGCUGACGGGGGCAUAUUCGGCAGGUGUUCAUUAUCUUCGGGUCUUGAGAACAAGACCCUUUGCCUACCAUCACCAAGGGUACUUCCAGGUCGAAAUAUGAAGGUACCAUUUGUAUUUGUGGCCGACGAUGCUUUUCCAUUGCGGGAAAACAUAAUGAAACCAUAUCCUCUGCGAGACAUUCCCGGUAGCAUGCGCAUCUUCAACUACCGACUUUCGAGAGCGCGUAGAAUCGUCGAAAAUGCAUUCGGCAUAAUGUCCAGCGUCUUCCGCAUAUUUCGAAAGCCGAUAGCUGUAGAUGCACAGAAAGCAGAGGAUAUCGUUUUGGCUUCCUGUGCAUUACAUAAUUUGAUGAUCACGAAGAAAGACUCGCGCGCACGCUACGCUCCACAUGGUACAGUCGAUAUGGAAGACAUGGCUACUGGUGUCAUUACCCCUGGAGCAUGGCGAAAAGAGGGCAUGCCAGCAAACAACCUGCUCCAAAUCGAGCCAUUCACAAGCAACCGUCAUGCUCAAACCCCACAAGACAUCCGCCACGAAUUUCGAGAGUACUUCCUCUCACCCCAGGGUGAGGUUUCGUGGCAGUACAAGUUCAUUUGAGGAAGCCGUCCUUAAAGUGGGCGGAAUGAAGAGCAUUUAUGACAUGAGAGACUGAAAUAAACCUGCAAGAGAGAAAUCAUGUAACAAAAUUAACAAAUAAAGAUAAUUCUCACCAAAUUGGUCUUCGAUUUUCGUCCUCCAAUAACUCCCCUUAGAAAAGAGAAUGCCUUGUAGUACAUCCACUUUGGGGUGUAAACGUCGUCAGUCCCUUGCCCAGAUUUCCUCUUGGUGGCUUUCUUUAAUUCUUGCGCAUACUGGUUUCUCAGGUUGUGCAUUUUUCUCGUCACUUGCACUUUAUCUCUUUUACAAUCCUUCGCCAGACUUUUCCAUGCAUCCUCUUUCUUCAACCUGUCUCUAUAUUCGGCAGACGUGACAUCCCAUAGUGCAGGCCUCGCUCUGUAACCUUCAAUGAGGUUGCUGACCGCAUCUUGCGACCAUUCACUCUCCGCAACUUCAACAUGAAAUUCGUCUGCCAUUUCUCGUGUUGAACUCGCACUGAUCUGUUCGACGGAUCUGUACGACAGUUCUAUCCCAAAAUAGAGCAAGUGCUAGUCGAUAAAAGCACUGUCUGACACUUUUAUAACCAACUUGCAUAAUCUAUGUGGCUCACUUCCACACGACAGAAAUUGACCAUCCUACAAUCUUUCGGACAGUUAUCUAUUGCUGUCAUACAGCCACUAGCUGAAC